AUGAAGAUCGACGGCGAAAUCUUCAAAUUACGAACACCCAUUAAAUUUUUUGAAGUGAUUAAGGAUUACUCCGGUCAUGUUGUAUAUGAAUCGAAUGCUGUUAAGAGAUAUGGGAUCAGAGCUACUCCUGUUGAUUUAGAAGAAAAUCUUGAACCUGGGAAGAUUUAUUUCCUGGUCGAGUUACCUAAACUGCCGAAGACGGCGGAGAAGACGGUGACGAUUAGAAGGGUGCGUCAUCGAGGUUGGAGAACGCGGCUAUCACCACCGCCGUCGAAGGGAGGCAGGCAUAAGUUGCAUAUAGGAGAUGGAGUGAGAGGGAGGAGGAGGCGACCGGUGGAGAUAAAGAGGAUUAAUAAAGAUCAGUUAGAAGGCGAUACCAUUCUAACCCAGGAAGAAAUUGAAAGCGGUGGAAGGAAAUUAUGUGAUUGGGCAUGGGAGGCAGUGGGAGGCGGUGAGGAAAUGAACUGUCAAUGA